AUGGGCGACGCAGUCAUUGAGGGUUCGAACUGGCGCCUCGUUGAGGUUGGCCGUGUCGUUGUUAUCAACGGCGACCACCCCUUCGCCGGCCGCCUGGCCACGAUCGUCGAGAUCAUCGACCACAAGCGAAUUCUCGUCGACGGUCCUUCCGCGAACGCUAGCCUCGCUGUUCCCCGACAAGCCGUUCCCCUCAGCAAGGUCCUCCUCUCCUCUCUUAUCGUCGAGGGCUUGAACCGCGGUUCCCGAACUGGUGUCGUCCGAAAGCUCUGGGAGAAGUCCGAGAUCGACUCCAAGUGGGAGCAGACCAACUGGGCUAAGAAGCGGGAUCAGAUGGAGCGGAGGAAGGGUCUCACCGACUUCGAGCGCUUCCAGGUUCUCCGACUCAAGAAGCAGCGACGAUUCGAGGAGCGCAAGGCUCUGGCCAAGGUCAAGGCCUCCGCAUAA